AUCUGAAAAAUGUCAUACCGUUUUCUCUUUUCAUAUGUUUGUGUCAUCCUCACAUAUAAUUCCUUUUUUUUUUUCCCCCGAUAACGCAUGUGACAUAGAUACAGACAGCAGAAUCUAGGAAGCUACCCUGGAAAAACUGGGCCCGUCUCACUCUGCAUGGCCCUGAAGACGUCCGUGCUCCCAAGCACAGCAGGACCUUCUCCCCACUCAGACAUGCCUUCAGCAGCCCAUACCCCCGCGCAAGAGCCCAGACUGGCGUGUCCCCUUGAUCCUGCACUCCCCUCCGGAGCCAUGGCACACCCCUGCACGGACACAGAGCUCUGUGGGGCGACAGCAAACCCAACCUGCGUGAGAAAACUGUGUCACACGUGCCUCUGCAUAAAAGCAUGCACACAGGUAUUUAUGGGUACCUCAGGCAGGGUGCCUUCCCACCCCGCCUCUCCUCACCCCCGCGCAGUCAUACCAGUCAGCCUGGCUCCCUGCAGGCACUGCACCUCUCACCCCGCUGCGAACCUGCACCUCCACCUCCAUCCUGCUAAUGACACAGCAGCCGAGCUGCCACAGGGACAACGUGACACCAGAAGCAGCAGCGUAGGAAAAAAAAAAAAACAAAAAAAAAAAAAAAACCAAACCAAACAGCCCUAAAUGUGCACAAUCAAGUGAUGAGUGUUUGUAUUUCUGAUGCUUUGAGGCCAGCUCACAACCCUCCCUCCACAUAAUAUUCAGGAUGUUUGGGAAGGGGUAUUUUUCUUUUAAUAGGAUGGCGUAGUCACAAAGCUUUAAGGAAAUAAAUGAGUGAAUCGUCUAUGUUAAUAGCAACAUACUAUGAACGGGACACAGUGACGAAGUUCAAGUCUAUUUUUAAGCCUGACUGGCAGCAUGUAGGUGCAGACAAGAGUCCAUGAUCCUUUCUACUGUUCUGAAGCCAUGGACAUGGCUGAUGUCUCUGUCCCAGUUCAACAUCAGAGUUGUUUUUGCUCCCCAACGAAUACUAUGGGAAGACAGAGAAGCCUCGAGCUGUUUUGAAGAUUGUGCAACCAUGCUUGGGAGCCUACCUGCUUUUGCUUGAGUGCUUUCCUCACUCACAUUUCACAGGAUGCGACAGGAAGGGAAAUACAACCGAAUCAGACAGCCCUGGUAAUUGGAUUGCAAUCCUUCAUAUGCCCUGGGGGUGAGGUGGGUGCCUCUCAGAUAAGCAAUCUAAUCAGCUUUGCACUUGUGUCCCAUCUGGAAACAGAUUGUUGCUGAAGUAUACCACCACCUGAGAAGCAAGCUUCAGGUUUUUUUUUUAAGAUAAUUGUACCGAAGAAAUCGGGGAGUGUGAAUUUGCCUGAGGUAAUAAGAUCUCUUUAUUUUUAUUCAUAGUUAAUUAAUUCAGCUGAGGCGAUUUCACGCCAGAAUGCAGUCUCCAAACAAGAAGGAGGAUUGCACUGCCUGCGCCACGCAUAUGCAUGGUGCCUGCCUGGCAGAUCGACUCCUGCGACAAAGAGCCAUGAGCCACUCCAAACACAUGGGCAAGAUAAGGAAGAGGCUGGAAGAAAUCAAGAACCAGUCCCCUAAGUUGACAAAAGCGGAUUUCAGCCACAACGAAAGCAUAAGGUUGGCUACCGACGCCUUCCUGGAUGGUGGGACAGACUCCUACCUCGAAACUUUAAGCAAAGAGGGUGAGGUGGAUUUCCUCUCCUCAGUGGAAGCUCAGUACAUCAAGGAUAACACCAGGGAGUCCUAUUAUGCUCAGGAGUCCGUGGCUGCCGACGGGGCGGCUGCACCAAAGCAGAACGAUGCCGGGUCGCUCCCUUCAGGGACCUACUUCCCCACCGUUUCUGACAGCAGUGAGCCAGCUCUGCUGCACACAUGGAUUACAGCAGAGAAGCCCUAUUUAAAGGAAAAAUCUACCGCCACUGUGUAUUUCCAAACAGAGAAGAACAGCAACAUUAGAGACAUCAUACGCCGGUACAUCAACAAGACCACUCAGGUGCUAGCUAUCGUGAUGGAUGUGUUCACAGACACUGAGAUUCUCUGUGACCUCCUGGAGGCAGCUAACAAGCGCAUGGUGUUUGUCUACCUGUUGCUUGAUCAUGGCAAUAUAAAUCUCUUCUCGGAGAUGUGCGAUAAGUUGCAGAUUGCUGAGGAUCUCUUCAAGAAUAUUUCAGUCCGCAGUGUUACUGGAGAAGUUUACUGUGCCAAAUCAGGCAGGAAAUUUUCAGGACAAAUACAAGAAAAAUUUCUUAUUUCUGACUGGAGAUAUGUGCUUUCUGGCUCUUACAGCUUCACGUGGUUAUGCGGCCAGGUUCACCGCAACCUCCUCUCCAAGUUCACGGGUCAAGUGGUGGAGCUGUUUGAUGAAGAAUUCCGACACCUUUACGCGCUGUCCAAGCCGGUGAGGGGACCCAAGUCUCCACCGCGCACCAUGCCCUUCCUGUUCAGCAAGAGCUGGGCCCCCCCGCGCAGCCUCCCCUACAGCAACGAGGGAAGCGCUAACACUCUUUCCGACCCCUUCAGCAGCCUCUCAGCCGGCAGCACCCACCACACCAAGCAAACCCCAAGAACUCUCAUAUUCAGCAGCAACUUUGUCCCCCAGUCACCGCUCCAUAGAGUUAACUCCAUCCAGAGCUAUGUCUCAUUCACACCCCCGGCGCCGCAGGCGGCCAUCCAGGCUAACUACUAUCAUCAGCCGCACUACGUGGCCGAUAACUCCGCAGUUCUGUAUAACAACAUGAACAUUUACAGGCCUAUAAGACUUAGACAAGAGGAACCGAACAGGACAGGGUUAAGCUCACCCUGGAGAUGCCUCCACAAAGCUAACCUGUUUGCAUAAUGACCAGCUUGUUUUGAAUUGCAAGUAAAUGUAGCGAGGACCUGUUUAGCAAUCACUUGUGUGCUGAUGAAUAUAGAAAUUCUGUAUAAUACAAAAUGAGGAUGAUUUCAAGCCUCUUGUUUUGUUUUGCUGCUUAUGGAUGCUUCAUUUCCCUAAUUAAAAAGCCAGACCUGCUACCAUGUAAACCUCGGGUGCAUCACAGUUCCAGGAAGAACACAUCUAAAUAAUGCUUCUCACAGUGCAACACUGCUGCUGCCUGUCACCUGCCCUUGGUAGCGUAUGUGUGUAGCAGCAGAUUUAGGCAGUUGCUGUUUUUCACAUGGCCAGGCACCUGAAAGUGGGGAAGUCAAGCUUUAUUACUACGGGUUUUUAUGCACUUGCAUAAGGAGACUGAAGGCAGCUAUUUACGUGCCAAACUGAGGCGAUGCUGGCAGAAGCAGUCUACCUUUGUGCUGUCAUUGCACCUUAAUCUUGAUUUAGGAGGACUCCUUUAGGGCUGAUGGGGAAGCACAGUUUCUACCACCGCGCUGUCUGAGCUUUCUGAUUAAAUGUGCAGCAAGGACAUCUGUUUGUGAGGUUCCUAGGAAGGGCCCUGCUGACCGGGACGUGGGCCGAGACCGAGUGCUCAGGUGACAGAGGACAUCUUGCAGCCACCGUGUGCUCACUUCUGCUCAUUAGCAGCAGGGGUGCGUUCCAGCACCCUUUGUUACAAACCUCCAGUCCCACCAGCUCAGAGCAGUUUUCCUUAUUGCAGAGCAGCUGUGUAGGUUCACACUGGAAAAUGAAGCUGAGUAAAGAAGCAAAGUCCUACUAGUAACACGCCAGGACUGAAAUCCAAUCCAUUUAAUAGCACAUGGAUCUUAAAAAUCCUCUCAGUGGUCAUUUGAUUGAACAUUAAAUUAGAGAUAAUGAUGUUUUAUUUCAGAGUUCUUCAAGGUUUCUAAUUUUUAAAGAGAAAAUGGGUGUCUAUAGUGCCCAUUGAAUACAAUUAGAGAGGAAGUUACAGAGCUUCAGAAGCUUGAACCAAAACAGAAAAGUUUUCUGCCGAAUAAUCCAUGAAAACAAAGGAAGCUUCUGUAAGUCCAAGGCAAAAAAUAGUAAGAAAACUCAUGAAACAAAGGAUUUUCAUCCAAUCCCAAAGUUACUAGAUGCCUAAGAGCUGUUGAUUUAUUAGUACCUUAUUUUCAUAUACCUGUGUUAUAUCAUCCUCCAUCUGACUCCAACAGAAAACAGAAACCUAAAUGCAUUUGCACAUCUGGCCCAUUUUGCCUGACUUCUCACCUGCUCAGAAAGGAAUACAGUUUAAUUCUUUAGGCUGUGGAUGAUGAAAAUUGUAUGCAGCAGCAAGAUCUCAGGUGAGGAAAGUCUCUCAUCCUUGGAAGAGCAGUCAUGUUGAAAGUAUACUGGUAAAGUUUACAGAACAUUAUGAAAGGUACAGGAUGGACACAUCCUGCUCUAGCUUUGGUGUGAUGUUUUUACCUGUGAUACCAAGUUUUGGAGUCCAGAAUAACUAUAAACUAUUGCAUAUAAUUGUAAAUUCUGUACAGAGCAACAUUUUGGGGGUUCCUUGGGAAGAAGGGAAAGUUGAUUUUCAUUCCUGUGAUGAUUCGACUUAAUUAUCUAAAUAUGGCAACCAUUCAAAUAAA